AUGUAUUUGCUGAAAUGUAUACCGUGGUUGUCCCUGAAAAAGAUCGAAAGUUUCAGCCAAAACCUGAAAGCCGAGCCCCGGUACCUGUUGGCGCAGAAUGUUGCCUCCGCCGCUGAUCCGCUGGAGGUGUGCCUGGAGCGGGGUGUGGUUCAGGACACGCUCCAGGUCUUCCAGCACGCGAUACCUGCCGAGGGCAAGCCCGUCACCAAUCAGAAGAACUCAGGACGCUGCUGGAUCUUCUCGUGCCUGAACGUGAUCCGCCUCCCGUUCAUGAAGAAGUUCAACGUCGAGGAGUUCGAGUUCAGCCAGGCGUACCUCUUCUUCUGGGACAAGGUGGAGCGCUGCUACUACUUCUUGCAUGCGUAUGUGGAGACAGCGCAGAAGAAAGAGCCCGUUGAUGGCCGGCUGGUGCAAUUCCUGCUCGCCAAUCCCAGCAAUGAUGGUGGACAGUGGGACAUGCUGGUGAACCUCAUUGAAAAAUAUGGCCUUGUUCCCAAGAAGCUGUACCCGGAAUCGUACACCACCGAGGCCUCCAGGCGGAUGAAUGAGAUCCUGAACCACAAGAUGCGGGAAUAUUGUCUCCGGAUCAGAAAUAUGGUAGAAACCGGCUGCAACAAGGAGGAGCUCUGCGGGGCUGUGGACACCAUGAUCGAGGAGGUGUUCAGGGUGGUCACCAUCUGCCUGGGGAGUCCGCCAGAGACGUUCACCUGGGAGUUCUACGACAAGGAGAAGAACUACCACAGAAUCGGGCCCAUCUCCCCGCUCCAAUUCUACAAGGAACACGUCAAGCCUGUCUUCAACAUGGAAGAUAAGAUUUGCUUGGUCAAUGACCCUCGGCCCAAGAACGAGUACUACAGACUGUAUACGGUGGAGUACCUUGGUAACAUGGUUGGAGGGAGGAAGACCCUUUACAACAAUCAGCCAAUUGAGCUCCUGAAAAAGGUGGCAGCAUCUUCCAUCCGGGAUGGAGAGGCUGUGUGGUUUGGCUGUGAUGUUGGAAAAUACUUCAAUAGCAAGCUCGGCAUAAACGAUAUGAAUAUAUAUAAUCACAAGCUGGUAUUUGGCGUGUCGGUCAAGAAUCUGAAAAAGGACGAACGGCUGAUCUUUGGGGACUCCCUGAUGACCCACGCCAUGGUCAUUACGGCCUUCACAGAGAAGGAAGACAAAGGCGACGCCUUUGAAAAAUGGCGUGUGGAAAACUCGUGGGGCGAAGACCGUGGGAAUAAAGGUUACCUCAUCAUGACGGACGACUGGUUUUCCGAGUACGUCUACGAAGUGGUGGUGGACAAGAAGCACGUGCCCGAGGAUGUCCUGGCAGUGAUGGAGCAAGAGCCGGUGGUCCUGCCUGCGUGGGACCCCAUGGGCGCUCUGGCUAAAUGAACUCUCUUUCUUUAAUGUUGAGGGGGAAAGGGGGACCCAUCCCCACCUCCUUCUGGUCAACCUUGACGUAAGCACUGGGGAGGACAGGGAGGGCCAGGAGCUGAAGCCCAGUGGCCCCACGCCUGACUCCCCAGCUCGAGGUGCCCGUAUUUGCAGGAGUGAUUAUGUUGUGGGUCUCUGGAGGAAGGAGAGCUUCUUUCUUCUUUCUCUCUGGGUGAAGCUAUUCGGCAACCCUGCAUUGAUGUGUGUGCUUUUCCAUUCCGGUGUGAGCCUUUCUUCUUCUUUUUUAAAUAUCCUUUACCUUCUUUUAUUACUGCACUUAUUUUAAAAUCCUUCAAAGGUCCUUCUUUUGUGCAAAUGUUGUGUAGAAAAGACGGCCGUGGAUGGGGUGAGAUAGAAACAAGACCAUGAGAAUCGAGUCUGUGCCAUCCACUCUGAGGUUAACUGCUUGAUGCAGCUGGGAGAGCUUUUCCUUGGGGGGGGGGGAGAGGGAUAACCUUCAGGGUAUUGCUGCUGUCUUGUUUCUAGCCAGGACCUUCCGUCUGUCUUUGUCUUUCAUUUUUUCCAUCUGAGGAAUGAUCUGAAUAGUCUUUCGCCUUGAAAUGCUGUACGCAGGAACUUAAACCGCAGGAUCUCGUUUAUCACCACCUCAGAAUGAGGCUUUUAAAUGGCUUUGCGAGAUACAUUGAAGAAUGUCCAGUUCCGCAGUGAAACAUGUUUUUUUUAAAGGAAAAAAAAAAGCAAAAAAAUCCAAUAACUGCAUUUUCUUUAAAUGCUGUUGAGAACUAUGUGGUGCUAUGGAGCGUUUGAAUAAAUACAACCAGCUGAAUAUAA